CGCUUGUAGCUACGCGCUAGGCGAGACAAGCAGUAUGGCGGAAGAAGAGAGUGAAUUUCAGUUAGAAGGUUUUAAACAAGAAUUGAAGAGUUUAUUUGUCAACAGGUCAAGUGAAGAAUACGGACUUCAAAGCAAGUUAUAUUGUGUACGGUUCUGUAAGUUGGUGGAGGUGUAUUCAGGACGAUGGCAGGUACCCUUGCCACAGCUGCAGGUGCUCCAGACUGCUCUAUGUUCCUUUGUCCAAGCCUCGGCCUGCUUCCCGUCUGACUGUGAACAUGUAUGCUACACACUGAGUAGCCUUGCCCUGAGUGCUUUUGAGCUCUUGCUGUUUUUGAACAGAAAUAAGAUCCUGCAGGAUCCCUUGAAAAAAAUCCUUGAUUCGUUCCAGGAAUGUUUUUCCCAGCUGGAGAGACACCAGAACAUCCACCUGCUGCAGGUGGGACAGAUCAUCAGAGAGAAGGGACCGUGGACUAACCCCAUACUACAGGCCAUCCUGAAGGACUCACAACUGCCCCGGGAUGAAGUGGACCGGUACCUAGGCUCAGAGGUGCCAAUUUUCUUUGAGCUGCGUGUUCGUUACCUGCUGUCCAGUGAGAUGUUCACCGAGGCGGUGGUCUUGGCUAAGACCUGCUCUCAGCACCCCGUUGCCGGGCGACACCUGUUCUUCCGACAGGCCUACCUCACCUGUCUGUUGAAGGCAUCGCUCCCUCGCCAUAUGAACGAAGAGAUGUCUGACAUCGACGGUCAGGACGCUGUGGAUAUCGUGUGUAACACAGAGAGUGAGGAGAGCGACGAGACGCUCCUGGCCCUGUGCACAGCGUUCCUCUCUCAGCAGCUACACCGGGGAGACAUGUACUGCAUGUGGGAUUUGGUGUUCAUAUGGAGUCGACUCCGCCUGCGGGUCAACCCUUCCAAACAGGCCUUCCUGGAAGAGAGUCAGCGCUUGCUGCUGUCGGCCACCAACAUCAGAUCCAUAUUCUCUUUCAUUAGAGUGAUCCUUGCAGAGCUGGGAAAGGAUGGUCUCCAGUUCUGUGUGGAGCUCUGCACCCACGCCCUCCAGACGAACACCUGCGACGCCGCCACCAAGUCCCUCAUCUACAAGACGGUAGCCUACCUCCUCCCCAACGACCUGGAGGUCUGCCGGGCCUGCGCCCUCCUCGUCUUCUUCCUGGAACGCACCGUGGAGGCCUACAAAACGGUGUUCCUCCUCUACACGCACCCCGACCAGGAGUACCACGUCGAAGCCGGUCCCAUCGGGAACCACAUCCGCUUUGAGAUCCUCCAGACCCUGAAGAGAGGUCUCUACUUCGAUCCAGAGUUCUGGAACCUUUUGAAUCUCCGGACCAACUGCCUGAAGCUGAUGAGCGAGAAGAAGGCGGCGUUGGCGAGGAUGAUGAUGGAGGAUGAUGGGUGGGUGUCCAACUACUGCAGCACCGCCACCAAAGAGCCCUGUUGCAGCUGGAGCGCUGACCUGUCAGAGCGUGUGCAGCCUAAACAUGUAGAGGCUAAACCAGCACAGAAGCACGUUCAGAUUAAACCCUUUCACCAGGUAACAGCGCCCAAAAGGCGGUUCCAAAAAGAAGAGAAGAAUCACAUUUCGACGGCGCCGGUAGCAGCCAAACGUGUCAAAGCUCAAAGGUUGGAAAAAACCUCUGUUGUCGAGUCGCAGCGGCUGCCUGUUAAUCAUGUGACGACGACGAAGACUGAGAAGCUGGCUGAACCCCCUGUAAUAAAAAGAAGAGGGAGGAAGCCUGGGCCGAAGCCGGGACCGCGGUCAUCUGUCAAAACAACAGAGCCCUCAGCCGAGACCACCUCUGUCAGACGGUCCUUCAGACAACUGGACAUGGCGCAGGAGAACCUGGCCGGGCAAGUGGGUCACAGACCACAUAGGCACAUGACCAGACUCUCGGAGAAGAAACCUCCCAAACGGAGGGGUAGGAAACCCCGGUGGCUCCUGGAGGGUACGUUCCAGGCUGAGAACAGUGCUCCCCGGAAGGGUCGCCGACCGGGGAGGAAACCACAGCAGAAGACCCAGCAGACACCAGUGGACAAGACCAAUAAGACCUCUCGGUCUGGUGCCGCAGUCAAGGAAAGCACAACCAAACAAAAGAAUGCCGUGACCUCCCAAAAUAAAAUGGCGGCCGCUCGUCUAACAACUCCGAGGGAACAGGAAGGUAAACGUCAGAAGGAGAUUCCUCCUACUAACCACCUACCAGCAGUAUCUCCUGCUCAUGACUCAAAGCUGGAGGUCUCCCUACCUGACAACGAAGUAUUUGGGUUCUUCCAUGAGGAUUAUCUCAGUAGGCAAGGACUGGUGACUCUAAACUGUGAUAAAUCGAAGGCACCAAUCCAGGCACAGUAUCGGGUGAAGGAUAGACUCGGAGAGGUGUUUCUCCUUUCCGCUCAGAACGCCAGUCUCUUCAUACAGCAGUUGCACAACUACGCCCAGACGCGAGAGGCGGAAGGUGUCACGUUGAACACUGAAACCUGUUUGUUGAAAGCGACAGAUGUCCGUCCCUCCCUAAACCCGAGUUGUCUGCCGGUGCCGUGUGACGCUUCGAGGGUAUUUUACCAGACGUCUGCAGUGGAAAUGGAAGUUGAGGUCUCCUCACAAACUGUCACUGCGACUGACACGACUUUCACACCACAAGGUGGCGCUGUCGAACACAUCGAAAGUCCCAAGAAUGAGGACGGAUUCUCUACCGAUGCUCAGCGAACAUGUAUUCCAUCUGUUCUCUCUGUGAAUGUAAUUGUUCCUAAUAACACAAGAAGAACAACAAAUACAUAUGUAACUAAUGUUCCAAGAGAACCAACGGAAGUUACGAAUGUUCCAAGAGAACCAACGGAAGUUACGAAUGUUCCAAGAGAACCAAUGGAAGUUACGAAUGUUCCAAAAAAGCGAACCGCUUCUGAAGUCGGGGAGAUUCUAGAAUCGUCCAGGAAGUCCGAAGUUACCGAUAUUCUGAAAGAGGCUAUGGAUAUAGCAAACAUUGGUGUGGAUGAAGCAAUGGUGGGGGACGGUGGAACUGGCAGCGUCCCUGGAAAGGAAACUCGGCAGCUUGUUGUUCUUACUCCUUUCUGCUGGCUGGCUAAUACCUCAAUGGAUGCGUUUGCGAGAGAGUUUGAAAAGUUUGCCAAGGGUCCGGAUUCUGAUGUUGUCGCAAAGCAACAGUCGGUGACACCACAGACCACAGGUGGUGUCUCGCGCAAAACGUUGGAGACGACACGGUUUUGUGCGAGACACUGUCAACGUCUCCAAAAAGUCAUCCCUACGGCCGUCACAGUGGUCCUUGAGGACACUUCAAAAAUAACCAAAGUCACCCCACAGGACACUACAGACAUCCAGGAAAACAUGGACACUCGACACACCCAACUGGACAUUAAAGGUACCUCACAAAACACGGAGCCGGAGGAUAUCCCAAUGGCCGCUGAGAGCUUCCCACGGCUCACUGAUGAGACCCGGCAGCUUGAGCACCCUCUGAAAGGCACUGUGGGUACUCCAGAGUUCCCUGUGGACUCGACACAGCACAAUGACACCCCUCAGUUCACUGAAGACCCCCCACAGAAUACACAGGACAUAAGACAACUCGCAGAGGACACCCUGAAGGUCACUUUCACUGAGGUCACCCCACAGGCUACUGAGGACCGCACAAAAGCCACGGUGGAUACUCCAGAGGCUGUGGACACACUACCACAGAACAUAGAGGAGGACAGCUCGGAGGGAAUUGAGGGAAGCCGGGAAGUUACUGUAGACAGCCAGGAAGUCACUGUAGACAGCCAGGAAGUCACUGUAGACAGCCAGGAAGUCACUGUAGAUACCUUUGAGCACAUUGAGGACGCCCUACAAAUUCAAAACACUGCAGACACCCUACAGUUCACAGUGGAUGCCCCAAUGGUCUCUGAAGAGUUCACCAAGGACACACGUAGUGCCACACAGAACAAUGGGGACACCCUAAGAGUCCCUGAAGAGACGUCACAGGAACCCAAAGACACCUCAAAGGUCAGGAGAGAUACCCCGAUGGUCUCUGAGGACACCCUUAAAGUACAUGUGGAUACUCAAAAGGUCCCAGAGGACACCCCACAGAACACACAAGUCAAUGAAGACACCUCAAUGGUUACUGAAGACACCCCACAGGACACACAGUACAAUUCACUGGUCAACCCGAAAGUCACUGAAAGUGCUCACACUCCAAAGGUCACCCCAAGAGUCCCUGAAGACACGUCACAGGACUCCAAAGACCCCUCAAAAGUCACUGAAAACCCUCCACAGGACACCCCAAAAUUCACAAAGGACAACCCAACUGUCUCUGGGGAUAUCGGACAAACUCCUGGAGAUGGCACCCCACAGGAAAAUGAGAACAGCCCACUGGCAUAUCGCUGUAGUCUCUGCAACAAGGUUUUCAAAGGCAAACGUGUUAUUGCCCACGCCAUGUACCACUUCCGCAGGGACCAAUGUAUGUUCUGUAGGAUGCUGUUCAAAAACGACCUGCUCGCUAUGAUGCAUCUGUCCCAGCACAUCGACAAGUUGAAAAAAGGAAACCUACCGCCUGAUAUUGAGGAGGUCCGUGAGAACUGUAAAGCUGGGAUGUCAGACACGCCUGGACGCUCAACGCAGAGGGGGAGACGGGGACGCAAGAGGAUCCCUGUAAACUCCACAGAGUCAACACCUCCGGAUUACAGGAAGCUACGGUCCACCAAUAGGAUCUCCUCUAUAAACUCCUCGGAGUCAACUCCACCGGAUCGCAGGAAGCUACGGUCUAACCCUAAUCUACUGUCGACCAAUAGGCUCUCAACUGACUCUCAACCUUCAUCAGAUACUAAACUCGCAACAGAAGAGUCUGAAGGCAAGCAGUCGACCCAGAGGGUCAAUGGACAGAGGGGCAGAAGACGCGUUAAGGUUGAAGGAACUGAGGGUGAUGGCGAUACUCAGGCAGAGGAACAAGAAGAGAUCAGUGGGAGGCAAGAGGAGGAGCACUCGGCUCUGGAACAGAGGGAAGAACCCGUGGAGAUCGCUACUUCUCUGGCGAAGACAUUGACAGGUGAACAAGGGGGAACCUGCUCCUCUCCUCUGACAAAGUUUUCGGAAGAAGAGGAGAAACCCUGUCCCUCUACUCUGACAAAGUUUUCGGAAGAAGAGGAGAAACCCUGUCCCUCUACUCUGACAAAGUUUUCGGAAGAAGAGGAGAAACCCUGUCCCUCGGCAAAGACCAUGGAGGACAACACAGAAUCUCAGGCUGUAUCGGUAACACAGGAUAGGCUUUCAGUUUCACCUCUAGAGACCUCAGUUCAGGGUAAGGAGACUCCCGGCAGCUGCCCUGUGGAGGGAUGCACAGAGAUAUUCACUGGAAAACGGCGUUCUCUCCUCGGACAUAUUCUGGACGAUCACCGCGGCGACGCCAAACCCUUGGAAACGACGUUCCGUCACGGGAAUGGCAAAUGCAAUAUUUGCAAGAAACCCGUUUUGACUUUACAGCAUUACCAGCACCACAUUUUAUGGCACAAAGGAAUUCCCAGGCAUCCCUGUCUACAUGAUGGAUGUAAAGCCCGGUUCAGUGCAGCGACAGAAAUGAGGAACCACGCGAAGACCCAUCAGCCGCUCCUGGCAGUGUGCUGCUUCCCAGGUUGUCGGGAGCGCUUGGCUUGUCUUCCGGAGCUGAACCGCCACGAACUAGAACACUAUCGUCUUCCAAAGGAAGGGAAGGAUGAAUCGGUUUCCUCUACCCUCGUCACCAAUACCACCUCUGUUAACGUGACUAAACCGUGUAAGACGGGGAGGAAUAAGCUACGGAAGAUGAUGCAGGGUGUUAAGAGACGAUGGCCUCUUAGAGAAAAGGAGGGAUCGGCAAUUGACCUCACUACUAAGGUAACCAGGAAGUAUGACUUGACCAAGACGUUAAAGAAAACACAGGUCGCGAAGAAACGGCAUGUUCAUAGAGACACGGAUCCUCGUACUACUGACCCCUCUACCGCCUCUGUAAAGGUAACAAAUAGGUUGAGGAAAUUGCAGGUUAAGAGGAAAUGGUGUGUUGGUAAGAAAAUGGACGCUCCAAACACUCCCGUCACCACGUCCAAUGAAAAAGCUGAGCAAGCGAGCAAGAAGUUAAAGAUGAUUCAAAAGGUAAAGAAAGCGUGGGCUGUAAAGAGACAGAACAUUAGCGAAGACAAUUAUACCCCAACUGGUCCAACCACCUCCACCACGAUUACCGCCACUGAAAAAGUUACCAAAAAGCUAAAAAUUAUAAACAAGUUGAAGAAAAUGCGAGUUAUUAAGAAACCGAACGUUAGCAAAGAAAAAGAUACCCAACUGGAUCCAGCUACCGACACAAAAGUGACAGAAAAGUUAGAGAAAACGCAACUUGUAAAGAAACCGAGUGUUGGAAAAGACCCCAGGAAGAUGUCAAGCGUUAGCACAGACGAGGACACCCAACCUGUUCCUCCCACCGUCACUCCGAAAGUCACCGAGAAAUUACCCAUGGUGACCGAGAAGUUAAAGAAAACACGAGUUCUAAAGAAACAAAGAGUUAAGGAACCCAAGAGGCCUGUUAGCAAAGAACCCAAGAGGCCUGUUAGCAAAGAACCCAAGAGGCCUGUUAGCAAAGAACCCAAGGGGCCUGUUAGCAAAGAACCCAAGGGGCCUGUUAGCAAAGAACCCAAGGGGCCUGUUAGCAAAGAACCCAAGGGGCCUGUUAGCAAAGAACCCAAGGGGCCUGUUAGCAAAGAACCCAAGGGGCCUGUUAGCAAAGAACCCAAGGGGCCUGUUAGCAAAGAACCCAAGGGGCCUGUUAGCAAAGAACCCAAGGGGCCUCAAAGAACCCAGGAAGGCCUAGCAAAAAAACCUGUGAAGUCAAAGACCUCUGGUCCAGAGACACAUGUUAAUGAAGUCACAGAAGUGGUAGGAAGUAAAUCAAAGGAAGAAGAUGAUAAACCAUUGGUGGAAACAUCAGACUCAACAGCUAGCAAUGUCUGUGACCAGAAGAUGGUUAACGGACACUUAAAGGACAUCACUAAAGAAUCGCCAAAAUACCAGAAAAGUCUUAAUACGAGUACAGUUUCCAAAUCCAAGAAAUGUGACCCACGAAAUCAUAAACCCGCUACUCCCAAAGCCCCUACAAAUACUCCCAAAGCCCCUACAAAUACUCCCAAAGCCCCUACAAAUACUCCCAAAGCCCCUACAAAUACUCCCAAACCCCCUACAAAUACUCCCAAAGCCCCUACAAAUACUCCCAAAGCCCCUACAAAUACUCCCAAAGCCCCUACAAAUACUCCCAAACCCCCUAUCAAGGAGGAAACGAAAAACUCAACUUUCUUUGGGAAGAUGAACAACAGGCCAUACAUCCGGCCUCCACCCACGGCUUACCUAGACGAGCGUUACACCACCAUGCCAAAACGCAGGAAAGAGAUGUCCUGGACCCCUCGCUUCUCUCCGACGCGCCCGGACCUCGUGGCGGAGGCGUCGGGGACCACGGCGACACCGUCCGUCCAUAGGCAGCGCUGUGCCAAGUGUUUCUUGUCCUUCGACAGAGGAGAAGAGUUGCAGACGCACGUCUCGCUGAAGAAGUGCGCAACCCUUUUCGGCUUUGACUCAGACGAGGACAGUAGCUCGUGAAAGCUGAUAGACAAGAGGACAUGUUUGGAUGUGCUGCUGGAGAAUGGGGCGGUGUGGGGGCUGAACCCCCUCCCAACCCCUGCUAGGAGUGUUGAACCCCUUUCGACCCUGCUACCUCACUGAGGGACGACCAGGGUUUACAGGACUCUUAACAUGACUUGCUGGCUGGUCUGGGACAGCCGUGCCAGGCCUCCCCUUGUGACUGAGGCUGGCAAUCUGAGGCGGCUACAACAGAAGACACCUCUCAACCCUGCUACCCGUUUUAUUGUAGAGGAUUCUUAAAGCGUUAACUCUUUUACAUGACUUGCUGACUGGCCUGGGAUGUGACUGAAGUUGGCCGGUUGGCUACAGCAGAAGACGGAGAACAGUAAAAGGGUUGUGACCAUUCUUCCGUGUUCGGUCUCCCAUGGUCAUAGGAGUGACCUACGACCUUUGAACCCUGACCUCAAAUCCAAAGUUCAAGGGGUCUUUUUGGGCUGACCGAAUUUUUUUUUCUUUUUUUU